UGCGCAUAAAUACGGAUGGUUUAAGUCAGCUAUUUCCAUGACGCCAGCCUACAGCCAAAAGUCCUCCCUCCUCUUUUCGCAGUCUACGCCUCAUUUCAACCCAUGUCGAUUUCGGGAAUUCAUGGACAAGUCCUCGAGGUCACUGUCGUCGGGUGUAACAAAUUGAAGAACACCGAAUGGAUCUCGAGGCAGGAUCCCUACGUUUGUCUCGAAUAUGCGAGCACCAAACACCGUACCCGGACUUGCACAGAUGGCGGGAGGAACCCUACUUUUCAGGAGAAAUUCGUUUUCCCGUUGAUCGAAGGGCUGAGGGAGCUAUCAGUUGUAGUUUGGAACAGUAAUACUAUUACUUUGGAUGAUUUCAUUGGCAACGGAAAGAUUCAAUUGCAGAAAGUUCUAUCUCAGGGUUAUGAUGAUAGCGCGUGGCCUAUUCAAGACAAAAAAGGAAGGAGUGCUGGAGAAGUUCGGUUGAUAAUGCACUACCCUAAUGCCAACGCCAAUGCUAAUGCCAACAAAACCGGAAAGACCCAUGCUCCAUCAGCUCCACCAUAUACAAACACCACAGCACCUCAUCCUCACGCCCCUGCAUACUCGGCGCCUCCACCAUCAUCAUAUCCUCCAUCGAGCUAUCCACCACCACCACCUACUUAUACCACCUACCCUCCAACUUCUGCAGGAUAUCCCCCACCUCAUUACACUAAUCAACCAGAUGCUUAUCCUCCGACAUACCCUCCAACAACAUAUCCGCCGCCACCUGCUGGCUAUCCCUCCCCACAGAAUCCACACUCUUAUCCUCCCGGUCCAUAUCCUCCGCCUUAUCCUCCAGCUCCAUAUCCUCCACCAUACUGAGGUUGGUUUGAGAAAACUCGGCCCGAUCGGUAUUCCCCUAUCACGGUAUUGUGCAUUAUGCUUGGUAAUAUUCUAUCCUUUUCCUGGGACUUUUUGUUCUUUGAUUGUAUCUGUUUUCUUGGAUGAUUCUUGAACACAUAUUUUUGUUACUCUUUUAUUACCAAAAUUGUAUAUUUGCCUGUAGAUUUUGUUUCUUUACUAUUAUUAUGAUAUUUUAAGGAAUUUCUUUCAUCUUA